ACUGACAGGUCGAAAACGCGAAAAGCAAGUGUUGUCAGGUUUGGCUGGCACCCACUGUUUAUAUAAAGCGAGGCAAUGUGAUCGUGGUGACGUAGUUCAACGUGAAGAUACGUGACGUUAUGAAACUGCUACUGCUGUUUGUCCUCGUGUGUCUGGUGGCGCCAUCUGUUGGGUGGAGAAGACGGAGAUUUAGAUUCAGGUUGAGAAAGGCUCUAACCGCGGUACAAGUUUAUAAGGCUGUCGGACCACUUCUUGGUAAAAGAGACGUUGCGAGUCUCGACCUGAACCAGGACGGGUAUAUUGACCAAUCAGAGGCCGAGGAGCAACUCAGCAAAAAGGAUGCGGAUGCCCUGAUGCAGAUGAGCGAUGAAGGAGACGGUGCUCUGCCUGUCAGCGAGUUUGUGAGGAUGGUUCACGAAUAGCCCAGAUACUUCUCAUCUGGCGCGAUGACAGCCAAAUCGUGAUCCUGUACCACACACAUGAUACAAAAUAAAUAAAUCUGCAAUGCAA